AUAAUUUUUAACAUGGAGUAUUAUUGAUGUGGAAAAAUGGCAGCCACCCUGUCAUUUCGUUGGCUAGAUAUAUUGGAAAAGGAAUUUGACAAAGCUUUCGUAGAUUUAGAUUUACUCUUAGGGGAGAUCGAUCCAGACCAAUGCGAGCUCACAUAUGAUGGGAGACAGAAGAUGACUGCGCUCAGUGCUGCGUUUGCACAAUUAUGCCACAAAUCCCAGACAGUGUUCCAGUCCAACGCUAAAAUAGAGGCACAGUUAGUGGACAUGAGAGCAGACUUGGUAGAAAUGAGAUCAGCUAAAGAACAUGUAGAGAGAGAACUCCACAAUGUUCUGCUUCAACUACAUUCCACCCAGCUUCAGAUUCAGUCCCAGAAAGGAAUUGAAGUAGAUUCCACUACAAUCCAGAAAAAAGUGGAAGAAGAAAUGAAGGUUAAAACUGCAGGAGCCUCGACAAUGGAGCGAGUGGAGGCGGAGGUGAAAGAGCUACGUAGUGAGAAUGAGGAGCUGAGGCAGUAUAUCCUAGCUCUACAGGGAGAGGUGUAUGGGGCAAGGCUAGCUGCCAAAUACCUAGACAAAGAGUUAGCAGGAAGAAUACAACAGAUCCAGUUGUUGGGUCGUGACAUGCGAGGGGCUGAGCAUGACAAACUCUGGAAUCAGUUAGAAGCAGAAAUCCAUCUCCAUCGACACAAAACCGUUAUACGUGCAUGUCGGGGGCGGACUAACCGAAAGAAAAAACUGCAGAUGCCAGAAGGGCAUGACUUCCAGUCUCUCCGUAAACAACAUGGUCUGGGUGAGAAAAGAAAAGUGAUCAUCAGGAAAGGAGAAGAGGAGGGUCUAGGCCUGUCAAUCACAGGAGGGAAAGAACAUGGUGUUCCAAUUCUGAUCUCAGAAAUCCAUGAGGGUCAGCCAGCAGAUAAAUGUGAUGCACUAUAUGUAGGAGAUGCUAUCCUAUCUGUCAAUGGUAUAGACCUGCGGGAAUCCAAGCAUGCCGAGGCCGUCCACGUAUUGUCACAACAGCUGGGAGACAUAGAGCUGGAGGUGAUGUUUGUGGCACCUGAUGAAGACAGUGAUGAUGAACAGAGCCAGGUGGGGGAAGAUGAGAAUGGGUUCAGAUACAGAAUAUAUGAUGAAGAUGUUCUGAGCAGUAGUAGUGAGGCAGAAAUACGCAGACAUGUAGGUCAAAGGUCAGCUCUGCCCCCAAAUGUCAACGGAACAAUGUCAACGUCUGCUUCAGUUCCACAUAGUCCUUCAAGAUUUGAACAAUCUAAAGAGACUCAAGCUGCUAGUCCUGUAAAAGCUGAGGGUAGAGUAGCUGGUUCUCAGAGUGUUGAUGUGGGGGUCAUACAAGCUAAUGGUUUACAACAGACAAACUCUAUAGAUCAGAAUGCUAUGUUCAACAGUGAUUACACCUAGUCUAUAGUCAUAUUGCCUGAGUAGGGGAGUGAUGUGUAAUAUUGUUUUAUGUGUAUCAUUCAUUUUAAAUGCUUUUUCUCGAAAUGAUUUUUUAAAAUACCUGUUGAAAAUUGACUGGCAUAACUCAAUAAUUAUUUCAUUUUUCAUAU